AUGUCAUGGAAUAAUGGCCUCCCUCGCCCGCCUCUGACUGCGCACCUGUCAGACCCUGGCUCCCCUCAUGUGCGCGCCCCUGAGCACGUGUGCAGGGCUUCUCAUGUGCACACUCCCAGUGUCGCUCAUGUGCACGGCUUUGAGGGGGACAUGUCCUUCACUCUGCAGAUCGGCCUCACUCGAGAAGUCGUGAACUUUGACCCGAGCGAUUUGACCCUCAACUCCAUCAGGGAACUGGUCUGCUCUCUCACGGACCAGAAGUUCCCGGACUCUGGACUUGGGGCCCUGAAGGAGGAACUCUUGUUGUUCAGACAUGACUUGACCUCAGAAAAUCUGCUCCAGAAAAUCUGCAGUGCACAACAAGUCCAGCAGGGGGACACGGUGGAGGUGGUGCUGUCAGCUCAGUCGUGUGCUCCGGAACUGCUGCCCCGCCCUCACUCUCUGACCGUCCACUCCUACAAAGCUCCGGCCUUCUGUGACCACUGUGGACUCAUGCUGUGGGGGCUGGUGCGGCAGGGGCUCAAGUGUGAGGGUUGUGGGUUGAACUUCCAUAAGCGCUGUGUGUUUAAGGUCCUGAACAGCUGCAGUGGAGAGAGGAAGAGAAGGAGGUCCUCAGCUCUGAGUCUGACCUCAGUGAGACUGGACCAAACUGGACCCAGUUCAGACCGGACCAGAGCCACGAGCCUGGACCCAGAGGCAAGUGACAAGGUCCCCCUAGUGGCUGCUGGCUGCAGGCGCUCCUCUCUGUCUCAGCUCCCCCUGGUGGACAGAAGAGUGAAGGUUCCUCACACUUUCUCUGUUCACUCGUUCACUCGCCCGACCGUGUGUCAGCUCUGUCAGCGAGCACUCAAAGGCCUGUUCAGACAGGGCCUGCAGUGCCGAGAUUGCAAAUUCGUCUGUCACAAAAAAUGUGCCCCAAACGCCCAAAGAGACUGUCCCGGAGAGACAGACCCCAGCGGAGACCCCGACCUUCAGAGUCCAGAGUCGGUCCUGGGUUCUGGCCUGGUCCUGGGUCUUGGUCCAGUCUUGGUGGAAGAGGCCUCUGACAACGAAGGGCUUGACUCAAUUGGACCAGAGACGGAGGUGCAAGAGGACAGCACAGACACCAGUCCGGUGAACAUCCCCCUGAUGAGGGUGGUACAGUCUGUGCGUCAGACGAAGCGUCGCAGCUCUGCAGUGGUGAAGGAGGGAUGGAUGGUCCACUACAGCAGCCAUGAUAACCUGAGGAAGAGACACUUCUGGAGACUGGACACAAAGAGCCUGACUCUGUACCAGAACCAGACCGACUCCAAGUUCUACAAGGAGCUGCCUCUGUCUGAGAUCCUGAGGGUUGACUCUGCUGUGGACCAAAGCCCAGAUCUAAACCAGCAUUCCAACUCUGAGACCAGAGCGGGGUUUUCCCUGGUCACCUCCUCUGUGGUCUACUACAUUGUGGGGGACUCAGGAGGAGACUCGGGUGCAAAGUCCGUUUCAGAUCCUGGUCCAGAGGUGCAGAGCUGGGAGAGAGCCCUGAGACAAGCUCUGCGACCAAUUGCAGAGACAGAGAGACCAACCCAACAAGAGGAGCAUGCCGAGGUCGGGUCUGACAGGUGCGACAGGUCCCAGGCGCAGCAGAAACAGGACAUCAGCUCUGUGUACCAGAUCUUCACUGAUGAGGUUCUGGGCUCAGGGCAGUUCGGGGUUGUUUAUGGAGGGAAACACAGAGAAACAGGGCGAGACGUGGCAAUUAAAAUCAUCGACAAACUCCGCUUCCCAAACAAAGAGGAGAGUGAGUUGAAGAACGAGGUGGCCAUCCUGAAGACAGUGCAGCACCCCGGGGUAGUGUCACUCCAGGCCAUGUUUGAGAGUCCAGAGAAGGUCUUUGUGGUGAUGGAGAAACUUCAGGGCGACAUGUUGGAGAUGAUCCUGUCCAGUGAGAAAGGCCGCCUCCCUGAACACACCACCAGGUUCCUCCUCACUCAGAUCCUGGUGGCUCUGAGACAUCUGCAUUCUAAAAACAUCGUUCACUGUGACCUGAAACCAGAGAACGUCCUCCUGACUUCCUCUGACCCUCUGCCCCAGGUGAAACUGUGUGACUUCGGCUUCGCUCGUAUCAUUGGCGAGUGUUCAUUCCGGCGCUCGGUGGUGGGCACGCCGGCCUACCUGGCACCUGAGGUGCUGAGGGGGCGUGGCUAUAACCGCUCUCUGGACAUGUGGAGUGUGGGCGUGAUCCUCUACGUCAGUCUGAGCGGAACCUUUCCCUUUAAUGAAGACGAGGACGUUAACGAACAGAUACACAACGCCGCGUUCAUGUAUCCAAGCAAGACCUGGAGAGAGGUGUCCAGACAGGCGAUCGACCUGAUCUCAAAUCUGCUCCAGGUCAAAAUGAGAAAGAGACUCAGCGUCGACAAGACCCUCAGCCACCCCUGGCUCCAGGACUAUGAGACAUGGUUGAACCUGAGGGAGUUCGAGCGAAAGUUUGGACAGAGAUACCUGACCCAUGAGAGCGACGACCAGAGAUGGGACCAGUACAGAACUAAACCAGGACUGGACCAGGACUGGACCAGGACUGGACCAGGACUGGACCAGGACUGGACCAGGACUGAACCAGGACUGAACCAGGACUGAACCAGGACUGAACCAAGAACAACCCUGGACAAUUGGAAGUAAACCGGGAACAGCAACUGCACUGAGGAAUCAUAGGAAAUGGAGUUUCUCACAAACAAACAUUAUACAUUAUUCAUGU